AUGCCGACUUCGGCCGUCGUCGAGCUCGUGCACCCCGAGACCGACGCCGAGCCUCUCUUGCUCGCGACCGACGGUGUGCAUCAUGACAGCAAGCCCCUGCGCGUCCUUCGGCACCUCGCCAAGCGGCGCCACGCCAUCAGCGAGAGCUACGGCAAGUUUUUUGGCUUUGGCAUGAUCAUCGGCGGCAACAUUGCGUUGAGCCUCAUGUCGGUGCUCAUCAAGUUUUCGUCGCGCUUUCUCUACGCGGACGAGAUCGUGUUUUGGCGGUCGUCGACUGCGCUCGUCAUGAACGUGGCUGUCCAGCUCUACCUCAAGAUCCCGCUUUUGGCAGUCGAGCCGCGCUUGAUCAAGCUGUUAUGCAUCCGCGUCGCCAUUGGAUACACGGCCAUGACCAUGUCCUUUUAUGCCUACUCGAAAAUGGUGCUCUCGGAGGCGUCUGUCAUCAUCUUCACCGCGCCCAUCAUCACGUGUGUCCUGAGUGUCUGUCUCCUUGGCGAGAAGAUUGACGUCGUCGGCGGUCUCUGCGUCUUGGUGUCGUUUGCCGGUGUCAUCUGCGUGGCGCGGCCCGCCUUUGUCUUUGGCGUGCACGCGGCGUCGUCCGAGGCGCCGCCGCUCGCAAUGCUCUGCGCGAUCCUCACAGCCGUGUGUGUUGGCCUCAUCAACAUCCUCAUCCGCAUGCUCCAGAGCAUGAACACGUGGACGCUCGGGUUGUACGUGCCGCAAACCACCGACGAGGCUGGGAUUGUGCUCGCGAUCGGAUUUUUCGGUUGCAUUGGCCAGCUCAUGAUCACAAAGGGCCUCCAGAUCGAAAAGGCCGGCAUCGCCUCCGUGCUGCAGUACCUCAAUCUGCUCUGCGUGAUGCUAUGGGACGUGACGCUGCUCGGCGAGGCGCUGCAUAUGUGGAGCAUCCUUGGCGCCGCGAUCAUUUGCCUCAGUGCGUCGGUGAUUGCCUAUCGCAAGGCGAACGCGUAA